CUGCCCUCUGAACAGAAACUUUAUACCAAGCUCUCAUUAAAGUGGAUGUCACAGGCGAAACUGAAUGAGGACACACCUCAGUUAGGCUGGCAGAAGCUCUACUCGUCCCUCUACUGAUUCUGUAGUAGCGACUUAGGAAAGGACUAGCUCAGAAGUCAGUUUUAUUCCUGUACAUACUUGAAUCACAUUCAGCUCAUGAAUCCAAAUCCCAGCGGUGACAUUUGGUCUGUGCCAAAAAGAGGAAUUAAUUGCGAAGUGGACGACAUGCAGGCAGGUGAGAGUGGAGAUACCCUCAAUAACGACCAAAACCCCCCAAACCCCCAGAACCCUCAGGCUCCAGAAGCUCGGACACCGACACACUCUGAUGGAUACAGCAUCAUACCACCGAAUGAAUCAAGACGGAGCAAACUGCAGAGGAUGGCUGAGAAAGAGCUGGAUGAUCUGAAUAAAUGGAAGGAGGCACAUCGGCCUGGCCCCGUUCACUUGGCCCCGGAGAAGCUAGGUGGCAGUGUAUCCUUGGCAGAGGUCAGACAGAGACAGCAGGUGGAGGCCCGCCAAUCAAAACUCCAAAAGAAGCUCAAAAGAGAAGACAUGGACAGAAUCAGAAAACAGGCAGAAGAAGAAGAGAAUCAGAGGAAGAAGGCCAUUCAAAGGGAGAAGGCCAAUAACCUAGAGUUGAGGAAAAGGCAGGAGGAGGAACAGAGAAAGGAGCUGUACCAACAUGAUCUACGAAUGAGAAGAGAAGAACAACUUCAAAGGCUGGAGAGGUCCAGCUCAGUUCCUAUGGCAGCGAGCAACUCCACACCAGCGUCAUCUUGGGCUCAAGGGCGUGAGUACAAGGAGGCCAGGAAGGCUGAGGAGCAGGAUGCACUGGAGCAGAUGAAAGAACAGCAGCGGAGAAAGAGUGAAAUUCUGGAGAAAAAACAAAAACAACAGGAGGAGGACAGGAAGAGGCGAAUGGAAAGUGAAUGUCUGCGGGUGAACUCGGCCUUUCUAGACAGACUGGAGGCGAGAGGAUCAGGUAGAGUGUCUGAGUCCAACUCCUGCAUCCCAGAGGGUGGUAACAUCUGGCAGACGGAGGAACCACAGGACCCUGCCUCAUCCCCGGUGCCCUUCCCAUCACAGGUCCACACUGACAGUGCAGAGGAGGAGGAGGAGGCUAUCUCGCCUUGUCGGAAUGGAAGGAUAUUUCAGGCCAAUGGAGGACCUUAAUGUGAACUAAGGAAGCAUGCCAUUCGCAGGACCAUAGCACGCAGAAAUCUCCACACUCGACCACAACUGAGUCACUAUACUUCCUGGGGAAAAUCGGCUCCACGAAAGAGAGGCCAUGGAGGCACGCCUUGGCUGUUGGUGAACAGUGCUGACAGUCUGCUAAGCUUUUGCACUAACACUCUCUCACACAAACACCCACACAAGCAAACAAAUUUACCAAGGACAGAACAAACACAUUCACAAGCACUAGAAUACGUUCUACCAGAGACAACCUUAUACUGAUCUAAAGAACCAUUCAAAACUUCAUAUUCUAUCUGCUCAGGCUUGGUGCCUUCACAAAAAUGUAAGUCAUGUAUGCAACAUUAGGC